AGCCGUCAGACACCUGACGUGUCACACAGCCGUCCUGGAUUUGUGUCGCCCGACCCAGAUGGGUGCGUGGACUGAACAAGUGUUUCAUGGACUCAAGAAGUUCAUGGACAAACUUUGUGGCGAGUAUUGGACAUUGUUGUGCUUCGUUCCACGCCCUUGCGAGUUCACAUUUUUGAGGCGAGUCGUGAUGUGGGACAUUCAAUUGGAGCUUCUCAAAUGGACUCGUCUACAACAAACAAAGGGCAAAGUGUAUAAGGUUGCAAACUUGCCUUCGGAGGACACAGACAGAAUGGUGGUCAUCAUGUACUCCAACGACGGGGAUUUUCAUCUCAACAUUAUUCCCUUGUUUGAAUAUAUUCAAGCUGCAGGUUCAUCAUCUGCCGAGCGGGUGACUGACAUAUCGGCACUUGUGCGGAGAGAGAGAAAGCCGAAGAUGUUGACGGAUGUUAUGGAGAAGAACUUUCUACCAUCCAAGUGGAAAAUGACAGGUAUGGAUCCACCUGAGAAAGUGGUUUGUGAUGGCAUGGAAAGGGAGCCGAAUGCGAUGAUGGAGACAUUGAAGCAUUUUUGUCCUGCGGAUGAGGCUGUCGUUUUCCUCGGGAAAGGUCAUGCGGGAUUGGUUUGGGAGCUGUUAAGGAGUCACCGUCAUUGCAUUGUGCUGGAAGGGGAAGGUAUGAAGUUCGAGUUCCUCACUCAGUUCAUUGACAAGAUGGUCAAAACUCGAGAUUACUACGCCAACUUUACUAAGCCGCCUCCUCGACAUGAUGAAGGGCGUGAUCUCGUCUACAAGGUUGGCCAAAACGUGGUCAAUAUUUGGGAGUUUCUCUUCGAAACAAAGCCGCAAGACAGAGGGGAACGUACUUAUAUCCUCAGAAGAAGAAAAAUGGAGAAGCUCUUGAGGGGUUAUCAUAAAGCACCAUCGGAGAGGGAGGUUUCAUUUCUCGACCGCUUGGAGACAAUGUACUUCGACCAACUAAUCGGGGCAUUUACAAUCGCAGGUUAUGCGACUUGUUUUGUGGAUGGUGAGGACUUUGAUGCCGACGACUCAGAAGAAAAGAGUGUUGAUGACACUUUGCAAGCGGCUUUGGCAGCUGAGAGGCAAAAAGCUUAUUGCCCGGCUUCGCAUUCGCAGAGAAUGGGUGUUCCAGGCACAUCUUCCGGUUGUGGAGGAGCUUCGAGCAUGGCGGUUUCAACGGAUCAGUUAAUGACUCAGCCACCGAAUUCUUCUAUUGUUACAUUGACUCAGAUGGCGGGCAAUACGAUGACGGUGGCAUCAGGAGGCAGUCUGGAUCCGAAUGUUCUAGCAAUGCUCUCCCCAGAGUUGGUGGCAACUCUGGCACCAUUUGCACACAGCCCAAGUACUAUUAUGGAAUUUUUACGCUCUCGAACUCCACAACAACCUCCACCUGAUGAGCCUUUGGAGUACGAGAUUGAAGACACAAUCCCUGCAGACAUUCGACUGCUUCCGGGGCCUAUAGUGUGCCGAGACGAUUAUACGAGGACGGAUGAUGCCACAUGGGGUCAUCACAUUAUAUGGCACCCCCAACACUUCCAACCUGCAUUGGCGAGAGGGAGGUGGGUUAUGGCUAUAAAAGAAGAAGGGGGGUGGCAGUUUUGCCUCCACAGACGUAUGUCAGGAUCGAACUUUCUGAAAUAUGAAAAAAAUCAGAUUGCCAAGCGACUCCUGCGACUUAAUCCGGAGGUUUCUCAAUCAAGACUAGAUUGGCUUGAGUAUCUGGAAGAGUUAUAUGAUAGACAAACCAGCGGGGCUUUUGGAUAUUAUUGGCAUGUAAGAGAAGAUCUUGGGGAGAGGAAAAACUCAAGCGGCGGUGGUGACCAUGGCAAGGGAUCCGGAUCGAGCGGAGGUGUGCAUGGCAAAGGAUUGCGAUCGGGGAGCGGUGCAAGUGACAAGGGUCCGGAACCAAAUGAUGGUGCAAGCGGCAAGGAUGCAAGUCGUGGGGAACGACAACAAACCGAAAAGUCUAAGGGGCGUCAAGCAACAGAAGGCAAGGGAUCAACACCAAGCGGUGGUGGGCAUGGCAAACCUACAGGACCAAGCGGCGGUGGUUCAACUGUCGAAGGGUCUCAAGGGCCUCAAGAAACCGAGCGCAAGGGAUCAGGAUCGAGUGGUGGUUCAACUGUCGAAGGGUCCCACGGUCGAGUCGAACACGACAGUGGCCUCGCAUUGGAGCGUUCCCGACUUGACCAAGCGAAGAUAUUCACGAUCGAGUCGAACCCGACAGUGGGAUCGGAAACGAUCGCCGGUACGUCUGGCAAGGCUUCGGGACCACGGGGGGGCAGUACAACUAUCGGCGGUGGUUCACCUGUCAAAGAGUCACACGAUCGUGUCGAACACAACACUCGUCCAGCAUUUGAGCGCUCGCGGCUUGACCAAGCGAAGAAACUCACUGUCAGUCGAACCCGACAGUGGGAUCGGGAUCAAUCGCAGGUACAAGUGGCAAGGCUUCGGGACCAAUCGACGUUGUUUCACCUGUUGAAGGGUUACAUGGCCGAGUCGAACACGACAGGGGUCCACUAUUGGAGCGCUCCCAGCUUGACCGAGCGGAGAAACUCGUGGUUGAGUCCAACCCGACAGAGCAAUGGGGAUUGAUUGUCUGUGCGAGUGCCAAAACUUCGGGACGAAAAGGCGGUGUGAGUUGCGAGGGCGUGAGUACAGCUGACCAAGU